CAGCUUAAGAAACAUCGAAUUAGGAAGCAUCUGUAGAAUUCAAGCUCUUAGCUCAAGUUCUCAGCAUUUAGAGUCAUAUUUUUGGACAGUUUUUUGACUUUUCCGGCACUUUCCUCUGCUUCAACCAAGAUGGAUUCUGACGCUGGCUCCACCUGCAGCCGCUCGUCAUCCCCAGACCUGGUGGUGGAUGACUCUCCUGUGAGCUUCUUCUCCAACAAGAUGUUCCAGACAUACUGCCAAGAAAACAGAGCAGGCAGCGAGGCCGGCAAGGGCAGGACAGAGCACUGCAGUGGGGGCGGUAAGAACAAGAACAGGUCUGAUCUCAGCAAGGAGGAGGUGCAAGACCUGAGACUGAAAGUCAACAGCCGGGAGAGGAAGAGGAUGCAUGACCUGAACCAGGCUAUGGAUGGCCUGCGAGAAGUCAUGCCCUAUGCUCAUGGGCCCUCAGUCCGCAAGCUGUCAAAGAUCUCCACCUUGCUGCUAGCCCGCAACUACAUUCUCAUGCUGUCCAGCUCUUUGGAGGAGAUGAAGAAGUUGGUGGGGGAUGUAUAUGGAGGCAGUGCUGCUGUCCAGAGCCGCACUGCAGCCCACCCCACGAUUACCCCUGCAGCACCAACUGCCCACCUCCCGCUGCAUCCUCUGACCCAGUCCCUGCACUCUCUGGUGGGCGGCACGCCAUCCACGCUGCAUCACACACCUUCUACAGCGACCCCUGCCCCGCACUCACCACCAUCAGCUAGCUACCUGGGUUUCCAUGCUCCGGUCCAGGGCCUUCUGAAGGACCCCCUCCACCUAACCAGCUCUUACAGGCACUUCCCUGGCAUGCCUUGUCCCUGCUCACUCUGCCAGCCUCUGCCCACCACUACCUCCACACUGCACAGCCUGUCUAUGAACAAGUGAGCCGGACUCUCUUAAAAAAUGACCUCUGCUGUUCAGAUGAAUGCAACGAAACAAGCAGCUCAAAGAAAAUUGUUAAACAAACUGCUAAAAUGAUGGCUGGUGCCUGAACUUGUAUAUACUGUACAUA